AUGGCGACGCGGAGGAACGUCCCCGAAAAGACCAUCUCAGAAGCACAAGGCGGUCCGCCCACCUCCAGCCAGUUCUCUGACACGGCACCAGCUGUUCCGGCGUCCGUCGUCUAUAAGCUGCUGGGCUUCACGGUGGCGAUGAUCAUUGUUCCCAUUGGGUCGUAUUUUCUCUCGGUCAAUACAGUCUUUGCGGGUAACGCUACAUAUUCCGGCGCAUUUGCCGCCAUCAUGGCGAACGUGGUCCUGUUCGCCUACAUUAUCGUGGCUAUGCGCGAAGAUCAAACCGUCAAGAUCGAGGCGGAAGAGAAACGGAAGAAGGCUCAAUAG